AUGACAGGUACUACACCUUACAGCACAGAAGAAUGUCUUCGAGAUCGUUACUGGUAUGCAUUCUUAACAUCAAGUUUAGUGACGUUUGCAUUUGGAUUUGUAAUAAUUGUUAUAUAUCGUUUGAUAAUGAUAAUGUUUUGUCGAAAAAAGAAAAACCAAAUAUCAUAUCGGUCAGCUCUUGCCAAUUCAAAUACUAAAUUAUCUCCAACCAUUGGAACAGGAGGUACGUCCAACCCAUUGUUUGUGAAGUCUGCUGAUCCAGAAAUCGGAUGGAUGACUGAAGCCAAAGAUUGGGCAGGUGAAUUGAUAUCUGGUCAGACAACAACAGGCAGGAUUCUGGUUGGUCUGGUAUUUUUAUUGAGUAUAGCAUCAUUAAUCAUCUACUUUAUAGAUGCCACGGAGAAUGAAGCAGUUGAAACAUGUCAUCCAUGGUCUACCAGUACAACACAACAAGUUGAUCUGGCUUUUAAUGUUUUCUUUAUGAUAUACUUCUUUAUUAGAUUUGUAGCAGCCAAUGAUAAAUUAUGGUUUUGGUUCGAGUUAUUUUCAUUUGUGGAUUAUUUUACAAUUCCACCUUCAUUUGUAGCCAUUUAUUUAGACAGAAAUUGGUUAGGUUUAAGAUUCUUGAGAGCUUUACGUUUAAUGUCCUUCCCGGACAUUUUAACUUAUCUAAAUAUUUUAAAAACCUCCACAAUGAUACGACUGACACAAGUUGUGGCCUAUUUUAUCAGCUUAUGGUUAGCAGCAGCAGGUUUUGUUCAUUUGGUUGAAAAUUCUGGAGAUUUUUUCUUUGAUUUUUCUAAUCCACAUAAAUUGACCUAUUGGGAGUGUUUAUACUUUCUACUAGUUACCAUGUCAACUGUGGGAUAUGGUGAUAUCAAUGUAGAAACAGUUUUAGGAAGAAUGUUUAUAGUGUUUUUUAUAUGUAUUAGUAUCGGUUUAUUUACCAGCUUUAUACCUGAAAUAAUUGAAAUUUUGGGUAGAAGACCAAAAUAUGGUGGUGCUUUUAAAAAAGAAAGGGGAAAACGACAUAUUGUAGUAUGUGGACACAUCACAUAUGAAUCAGUCACUAAUUUUUUAAAAGAUUUUUUACAUAAAGACAGAGAAGAUGUGGAUGUUGAAAUUGUUUUUAUUCACAAGUCUUUACCAGAUUUAGAGUUAGAAGGUUUGUUUAAAAGACAUUUCACUCAAGUUGAAUUCUUUAAAGGAACUGUGAUGGAUGCCAAUGAUUUAUUUAGAGUCAAGAUAAAAUCAGCUGAUGCCUGUCUAGUGUUAGCUAAUAAAUAUUGUCAAGAUCCUGAUCAAGAAGAUGCUAGUAAUAUUAUGAGAGUUAUUUCUAUUAAAAACUAUCAUUCAGAUAUUAAAGUUAUAGUUCAGUUAUUACAAUAUCACAAUAAGGCCUAUUUAUUGAAUAUUCCCAGUUGGGAUUGGAAAAGAGGCGAUGAUGCUGUUUGUGUAGCAGAAUUAAAACUAGGUUUUAUUGCUCAAAGUUGUCUAGCUCCAGGUUUCUCUACCCUGAUGGCUAAUCUAUUUACUAUGAGAUCAUUUAAAACAAAUAUAGAAUUAAAUCAAUGGCAAGCUGAUUAUAUGAGGGGAACAGCAAUGGAAAUGUAUACAGAAUAUCUUUCUAGUGCUUUUAAUGGUUUAACAUUUCCUGAAGCUGCAGAGUUAUGUUUCUCCAAAUUAAAGUUACUAUUAUUAGCAAUAGAAGUACGACAAGAGGAGACAAGGGAGAGCACUCUAGCUAUUAAUCCUGGACCAAAAGUGAAGAUAGAAAAUGCUACUCAAGGAUUUUUUAUAGCUGAAUCUGCAGAAGAAGUAAAAAGAGCAUUUUAUUUUUGUAAAAACUGUCAUUCUGGUGUAUCUGAUGUAAGAGCUAUUAAGAAAUGUCGGUGUAGGCCAUUGACGCUUUUCAAGAAAGGAGCAGCAGCAGUUUUAGGUAUGGUGCGGUGGCCAGGUCCUAUUGAACAACAUGACAUUGACAAGGGAGAUAAUAUAAAUACUGAAGACAUGGUUGAUGAAGAGCCACAAACAGCAAGUCAAACAGAACUACCAUUAUUAUCACCAACACCAUUAUUACAAUCAGAAGAUUUAGAAGAAGAUCAGAAACGAUUUGAUUCUACUGGAAUGUUCCAUUGGUGUCCUGAUAGAAAUCUAGAGAGUGUAGUUAUGGACCGUAACAAGGCAGCUAUGUCUGGUCUCCACAAUCAUAUUAUUGUUUGUUUAUUUGCUGAUGCUGGCUCCCCAUUAAUUGGGUUACGAAAUCUUGUCAUGCCAUUACGAGCUAGUAACUUUCAUUUUGAUGAAUUAAAACAUGUAUUUAUAGUCGGCCAUCUUGAAUAUAUAAAACGAGAAUGGAAAACUUUACAGAAUUUUCCUAAAUUAUCAAUAUUGCCAGGUUCUCCAUUAAACAGAGCGAACCUACGAGCUGUCAAUGUUAACCUAUGUGAUAUGUGUGUAAUAGUAUCAGCUAAAGAUAAGAAUAUGGAUGACCCUAACCUUGUAGAUAAAGAAGCUAUUUUAUGUUCAUUGAAUAUAAAAGCGAUGAAUUUUGAUGACUCUAUUGGUUUAAUACAGGCUUCAGCACCAACUAAUGCAGCAUUUUUACCGGCAGGGUUUUCACCACUAGGUAGUCCAGCUAGUUCUUCAAGACGAGGCUCAAUAUGUGGUUCUAAUGUACCUCUUAUUACAGAACUUGCCAAUGAUUCUAAUGUACAGUUUUUAGAUCAAGAUGAUGAUGAUGAUCCUGAUACAGAACUCUAUAUGACUCAACCAUUUGCUUGUGGUACAGCAUUCGCUGUUAGCGUGUUAGAUUCUUUAAUGAGUACUAGUUAUUUCAACGAUAAUGCUCUAACCCUUAUAAGAACAUUAAUAACAGGGGGAGCAACUCCUGAAUUAGAACAGAUAUUAGCAGAAGGGGCUGGAAUGAGAGGUGGAUAUUGUACUCCUGCUGUUUUAGCUAAUAGAGAUAGAUGUCGUGUUGCUCAAAUCUCUUUAUUUGAAGGACCGUUAUCACAAUUUGGUGUAAGUAUAAUUAUAUUAAUCUUUCAAAGGCAUAUAAGAAGCACAGGUUAUAGAUAA